ACUAUAGUGAGAACUUUGGCUGAACAAGACAACAGAACGAUGCGCACUUACCACCUGAAUCUAUUAGUGCUAAGUGCCGGCCUACUGGUCCUGCUGGCCAAGUCGGGGACCACGGCCCCUCAGGCGGAUGAGGAUGUACAGCAACUGACUCUGCAGGAUGUAAAUCAGGCCGAGGAGCAGCAGGAGAUGCCGGCUGUGCGCCUGGCCAGGCAAUUUGGUUUCGGCCGUGGAGGAUUCGGCAGACGCGAAUUUGGCGGAUUCUGCUGCGGCGGCGGUGGAUUCCGGAGACCCGGUUUCGGUGGAUUCGGUGGAUUCUACCCACGCCCACCGCCACCGCCCUUCUUCGGUGGCCCCUUCUUCGGCUAGGUGUUAUUAAUUUAAUGUGUACAUAUGUGAUACGAUCAGACCAGGAUUAGCUGCUAAUAAAUCAGCACAAGCUGCUGCUAUAAUUAUCCUACCAA